AUGUCCACACCGCCUCAGACCGCAGUGGACGAAGGCUCGUAUUUGUCUCCGACCUCUCCCGAACACAAAUACGCCUAUGACGGGUCGACCUUGAAUUCAAGGUCAGGCUCUAUCCAGUCAGGCGACGCCACAACCCGAUAUCGAUCGAAUUCAGGCAUCUCGGCAGCUUCCAGCGUCACUGUCUACUCCAAGUCAAGCCUUGAAUUCGAACCUCCGGAUGAGGCCUUGAAGCCCGAUCAAGGCAAUGAGAAGGACUUCCAUGUCCAGAACAAUCCCUUUCCUUUCUCACCCGGUCAGCUCAACAAGCUCCUUCACCCGAAAUCGCUUUCUGCAUACAAAGCCCUCGGCGGCAUGAAAGGCCUAGAGAAGGGACUGCGAACCAGCAUCACCGCGGGGAUCUCCAUAGAUGAAACUCAUCUCGACGGACAAGUAUCAUUCGAGGAAGCGACUGCUGCUGGGGCAAAGAGCGCCUUCUCGGACAUUGCUCUGAGCCAACAAACGUCGGUCACCGCAGCGGCUGCUUCAGAUUCGACAAAGCACUUCGUGGACCGGCUUCGCGUGUUUGGAGACAACCGCCUCCCUGACCGGAAACCUGCAGGAAUAUUGCUGCUGAUUUGGCGGGCUUACAACGACAAGAUUCUCAUCCUCCUCACCGGAGCCGCCGUGGUUUCCUUGGCCCUGGGUAUCUAUGAGAGCGUGACAGGCGAAUCGGGCGUCGACUGGGUAGAAGGAGUUGCGAUCUGCGUAGCUAUCCUCAUCGUCGUUAGCGUGGGCGCGGUGAAUGACUGGCAGAAGGAACGACAGUUCGUGAAACUCAACAAGCGAAAAGAUGAUCGGGAAGUCAAAGUCGUCCGAUCCGGCAAGUCCAUCCAAAUCUCGGUCCACGACAUCAUGGUCGGAGAUGUUCUUCACCUUGAACCGGGCGAUGCGGUCCCGGCUGAUGGGAUCUUCAUCUCUGGGCAUGGCAUCAAAUGCGACGAAUCUUCCGCAACCGGGGAAUCGGACCAGAUGAAGAAGACCCAGGGCGAGGAAGUCUGGCAGCGGAUCCAAGACGGCACCGCCACCUCCAAACUAGACCCUUUCAUCAUCAGCGGCUCGAAAGUCCUGGAGGGCGUUGGGACAUACCUCGUGACCAGUGUCGGCACCAACAGCUCCUACGGCAAGAUCCUGAUGAGCCUGCAGACCGAAAACGAGCCAACGCCGCUGCAGGUCAAACUCGGCAGGCUGGCCAACUGGAUUGGUGGUCUCGGCUCGGCUGCUGCUGGGCUGCUCUUUAUGAUUUUGUUGAUCAAGUUCCUCGCCCACCUGUCGGGGGACUCUCGCCCUGGGGCGGCCAAGGCACAGGAGUUUUUGGACAUCUUGAUCGUGGCCAUCACUGUCAUCGUGGUCGCUGUCCCCGAGGGCCUCCCCUUGGCGGUGACUCUGGCAUUGGCCUUUGCCACGACCAGGAUGUUGAAAGAGAACAAUCUUGUCCGAGUGCUCCGCGCGUGUGAGACCAUGGGCAAUGCGACCACCAUCUGUUCCGACAAGACUGGCACCCUGACUCAAAACAAGAUGACCGUCGUGGCCGGAGCCGUGGGUCUGAACGAGAAGUUGGCCGCCUCUCGCCCGGAGGAAGACUCCGAUGUGAGUCGUCCGGCCAUCAUGUUCGGAAGACUGGGUGCCAAUGUCAAGGAACUGCUCCGACUUUCCGUCACUCUCAACAGCACGGCCUUCGAAGGCGAGGAAAAGGGCGUGGCCACGUUCAUCGGGUCCAAGACUGAGGUGGCGCUUCUCACCCUCGCAAAGGAGCAUUUUGGCCUGGACGGCCUGGCAGCCGAACGAUCGAACUACAAGAUCAAGCAGCUUAUCCCAUUCGACUCCGCCAGGAAAUGCAUGGGCAUUGUGGUCAAGGUCGGCGAUGGAUACCGACUGCUGGUCAAGGGGGCGGCCGAAAUCAUGCUUGCACGCGCUACCAAGGCCAUUUCCAACAUCUACGACCACCAGUACGAAGUGAUCGAUCUGAUGGAAGACGACAAGGAGACUCUUGCCGCCACCAUCGAAGACUACGCCCAGCACUCUCUCCGCACCAUCGGUAUGCUGUACAAGGACUACCCACAAUGGCCUCCCGCCGGUGCGAAGGUGCUUGAGGAAGACGGCCGGCUGGCUGACUUCAACGACAUCUUCCACGACAUGACUUGGGUAGGCGUGGUCGGGAUCCAUGACCCGCUCCGUGAGGGCGUGAUCGAGGCGGUCGCACAGUGCCAACGUUCCGGUGUGGUGGUUCGCAUGGUCACGGGCGACAACAUGACGACGGCGCGGGCGAUUGCGAGCGACUGUGGCAUCCUCGUCGAGAACCAAGACUGCGUGGUCAUGGAAGGCCCGAAGUUCAGACAGCUUUCACCGCAGGCCAUGGACGAGAUGCUUCCCAAGUUGCGCGUGCUGGCACGCUCGUCGCCCGAGGACAAACGCAUCCUCGUCGGCCGGCUCCGGCACCUGGGCGAGACGGUGGCGGUGACGGGCGAUGGGACCAACGACGGGCCUGCGCUGAAGCUGGCGGACGUCGGCUUCAGCAUGGGCAUUGCCGGGACGGAGGUGGCCAAGGAAGCGUCGUCCAUCAUCCUGCUCGACGACAAUUUCUCGUCCAUCAUCACGGCGCUGAUGUGGGGGCGGGCGGUCAACGACGCGGUCAAGAAAUUCCUGCAGUUCCAGAUCACUGUCAACAUCACCGCCGUGGUCUUGACCUUCGUGUCGGCCGUGUCCAAUGACGGCAACCACUCAGUGCUUUCGGCGGUGCAGCUUCUCUGGGUCAACCUGAUCAUGGACACUUUGGCGGCGCUGGCACUCGCGACGGACGCGCCGACCAAGAAGAUCCUCGACCGGCCACCACAGCCGAAAUCGGAGCCGCUCAUCACCAUCAACAUGUGGAAGAUGAUCGUGGGCCAGGCUGUAUACCAACUCGUCGUGACCUUCGUGCUGUACUUCGCCGGCAUGACCAUCUUCGGCUACGAUGCGGCGCAGCGCAGCCAACUCGACACUGUCGUCUUCAACUCAUUCGUGUGGAUGCAGAUCUUCAACCAGGUCAACAACCGCCGACUGGACAACAAGUUCAACAUCUUUGAGGGCAUCCACCGCAACUACUGGUUUUUAGCCAUCAACUGCCUCAUGGUCGCCGGGCAGAUCAUGAUCAUCUUUGUCGGCGGCCGUGCCUUCAGUGUCACCCACCUUACCGGUGCCCAGUGGGCCAUCUCGAUACUCACCGCUCUGCCUUGUCUGCUUUGGGCUAUCCUCGUCAGAUGUUUCCCCGACGCCUGGUUCGGCCUGGUCUUCAACGCCACCGUGAAUGGCAUGGCGAUUGUCCUCCGCCCACUCUGGCGCCUAGUCCGAUUGAUCUUCCAUCCGGUUGCACAAGCGUUCCGCGCUGUGUCUCGUGUGUCGAAGCGCACUAUGUACAAGCUGUCCGGCAAGAAGAUCGACGAGGACAGAGCCACCGACGACGACGAAGACGACGACCAGCAUACUCAAAUCCGAGACGAGGAGCGCCUGUCCACCAGAUUGACCAACAGCAAGUCCGGCACUGUUGAUGAAAUCCCUGGCAUGUCCUCUGGGACCGCGACGACCAAGGCCACUCCGAAGCCUAGUAUGGGCGCCCACAGCUUCCACGACGCUCCUGCUUCCGCCUCGAACAUGAUGCCUGUGCCGUCGGUCUCAGUGACCGGACCCAGCUGA